AAGAAGAAAUUAGUUAGUUUUUGGUUAUGUUUAUGUAUUUUCAUGUCAGAUGGUAAAAGGAUGGAAUUAAAUGAUGAAAAGCCUCGAGUUCUCUUAAAUGAGUAUAAAAUAUCACAGAAUUUCACAAGUGGUCCCACAGUAUUAACAGAACCAUUUAAUAUUAAAGAUUUCAAAAAAAAGUUUAGAAUUGUUAUAGUCCGCAAUGAAAAUUACGAAAUGGAAUUUGACUUAAUAGGCAUACAUCCUUUUUUAGCCAAUACUUUUCGUAGACUUAUGCUGAGUGAUGUGCCCAGUAUGGCUAUAGAAAAGGUUUAUAUAAAUAAUAAUACUUCAAUAAUCCAAGAUGAAGUUUUAGCCCAUAGACUAGGACUAAUUCCAUUGCGAGCUGAUCCAACUUUAUUUGAAUAUAAAGGAGAUGUUAAUACUGAAGGAACAGAACAAGAUACAUUAGAAUAUGAGCUAAAAAUUAAAUGCAGUUAUAAUAAAGAAAGUAAUAAAAAGGAUUCUUCAAGAGCUGAGGAUAUGUAUAAAAAUAACAAUGUUUAUUCAAAACAUAUUAAAUGGAUUCCAAUGGGAAAUCAAAAAGAAAAAUUUAAGGAGUCUGAUGUUGGCCCGAUUGAUCCAGACAUAUUAAUAGCAAAAAUGAGACCAGGGCAUGAACUGGAUUUGAAGUUGGUAGCAGUGAAAGGUUGUGGAAGAGAUCAUGCAAAAUUUUCUCCUGUUGCAACAGCAUUCUAUAGAUUACUUCCAGAUAUUAAAAUCAUAAAAGAGGUGGAAGGUGAAGCUGCUUAUAGACUCCAAAAAUGUUUUUCGCCUGGUGUCAUAGGGGUGAGACAAGAGAAAAAUGGUAAAAAAAUUGCAGUUGUCAGUAAUUCACGAUAUGAUACAAGUAGUAGGAAUGUUUUUCGUUAUGAUGACCUUAAGGAUACUGUUGUCAUGUCUAAAAUGCAGGACCAUUUUAUUUUUACAAUAGAGUCAGUGGGGGCAAUGCAGCCUGAGAUUAUUUUUAAGGAAGCUAUAAAAAUUCUUCGAAACAAAUGUGUGUCACUGUUGGAUGAAUUAAAAUCUGCUUAACAUAAUAAGUAGUAAUCUCUGUUUGUAACUUGUUCCAAUUAAAUAUUGUUUUUUAACUGAG